AUGGUCCGACUUCCUACCAUCGUUGGCGUUGCUACAUUAGCGCUAUCAAAGACGGCCGCGGCGAAAUAUACGUUGUUCAAUUCGUAUGAUGCCACCAACUUCUUUGACGGGUUUGAAUUUCGAAACGGCACUGGAUCUGGUGGGUUUGCUCAAUAUGUGGAUGCAGCAACCGCAAAGGCAAAGUCUCUAGCAGGUAUCAGGGAUGGCAAGGUGUACCUAGGCGUUGAUAACACGACUGAAAACACGACUGGUGGUCGACAAUCUGUCAGAGUCAUCACAAAGAAUGUAUGGACCAACGGAGUUUACAUCGCUGAUAUCGCCCACAUGCCAGGUAGUGCCUGUGGCAUCUGGCCAGCCUACUGGACUAGUGGACCAGACUGGCCUAACAGCGGCGAGAUCGAUAUUAUCGAAGGCAUCAACAUGCAGAAAACCCCCAUUAUCACCCUGCACUCUGGGGCGAACUGCACCGUCACAAAUACUGGCUCGGCAGCUGGCUCUGUCCUCGUCGAUCCCGAUUGUGAUAGCAGUACCUCCUCUGGUGGCUGCUCCCAGACGUCGACAAAUACCAAGGCCUACGGUGAUGGCUUCAAUGCGAUCAAUGGUGGUGUUUACGCAACACAAUGGACAAACAGUGCCAUCUCAAUAUGGUUCUUCCCCCGUGGCAGUAUCCCGGCAGACAUCACAGCAGAUGCUCCAACACCAUCCACUUGGGGCACGCCAUUGACCCGGUUCGUGGCGUCAGGCUGCGACUUUGCCUCUCACUUCAAAAGCAAUGACAUUAUAUUCAACACAAAUUUGUGUGGCUGGGCUGGAAGUGCGUGGCCAUCCCAGUGUAGUGCGAAAGCUGCUACCUGUAAGGAAUAUGUGGCGCAGAAUCCGUCGGCAUUUUCGGAAUCGUAUUGGUUGAUCAACUAUGUCAAGAUAUAUGGAUGGAGCAAUGCUGCUAAAUAG